AAGACCAACGGCCCACACAUUUUCCCCUUUCUCUUUCCAUGCUUCCUUGAACACCCACCAUUUCCUCAUCUCGUAGAUCGUCCCCAUCAAGCUCAUUCUCCGACUCAGUCCUACCUGAGACAUGGGUUGUUUUCUUGCUUGUUUUGGUGGUUCUAACGGGAGAACAGGGCGAAAGAAAAAGCCCAAAGUCCUUCCGAGGAACACGAAUUAUGAACGCCAUGAGUCUCAGCUAGCAGCUUGCUCCUUGAACGUUCAAACUUGCUCUUUGAAGCCACCGAUCAUAGAACCGCAGCUACCAACUUGUGUUUUGAAGCCAAUCGCGACAGACUCUCAGAUACCAGUUUGUUCCUUGAAGGCUCCAACUAAUUCCUUUAAGUCGCCCACGUCAGAGAUCCAGGGAACUUCGAUUUUAGAGUCCAGGGAGAGAAUAGAGAAAACAGGAAAAACAGAGGCACUGAGCUCUAGACCCCAGAGGAAGGUCAAGUUUGAUCUCCAGGUAAAAACAUAUUCGGAGAUUCCUAAUGAAGAAGAGCCGAAAUUUCCAACAGAACAAGAAGAAAAAGAAGGAUCAGAAUAUGAAUCAAAAGAAAACAAAUGCGAAACUCUGACACCUCCCAAGGAUGACUGUACUACCUCCAGCGUUUCAUACCCAGUUUCUCACAGAUACCGCAAUUGCACACAUGAUGAAGAUGACGAUGCUGAUGAUGAUCCUACUGAUGAUGACUGUGAUGAUGAUGAAGAUGAAGCUGACGAUGCAGAUGUUGAAGAAGGGGAACUGUUUGAAUGGUAUUCUGCUUCUUCUGUCGAGUCAGAAACCAAAGGUGUUUCACUACCAUCAACCAAGAAUGAAGCUGUGAACCAGAGACCAACCAUGGCGAUCAGUCAUGCACGCGAUCGGAGUCUAUAUGUUCAUCCCGUGCUAAACCCCGUUGAAAAUGCAUCACAAUGGAAAGCUCUGAAGACCCGGGAAGCGAGGAAUAAACCAAUAUUAGGAAGGAAAGAAAACAUUCCAUGUGAACAAGAAGCAUUGAUCAGUUUCAGUUCUGAUACAAAGCAAGAAAUGCGGGUGGAUGCUAGUCUCUCAAACUGGUUAAGCCCUAUUAACACCAUUGCAGAGAAUUUCAAGGAUGAUAAUCUUUACUCAAGUAACAUUGGAAAAUCUAGAAUGGUUUUUGGGCCAUUAACAGAUGGAAAUAUCAACAGGAUGCCUCCUCAAGAAUCAGAAUACCGGUCUCCAGGGGGAAACCGUAGUAAAUCUUCGGCCUCAGAUGAAUUCUCAGAGAAAUUUAGCAGUGGGAUUAAAGGAAUACCAAAUACAACCAGUAAAUACAGAGAGGAUCAAAGAGUGACUUGGCAUUCAACCCCAUUCCAGGUGAGACUAGAAAGGGCUUUAGCUAAAGGUUAAUGUGAAGCAUAUUCCAGUCAUCCUUCUUGCGUACCAGCGUGAUUGUGUGUGCUGCUGUGUUGCUAAAGACUGUAUGUACUUUUGUGCAUUUUAUCGAAAAGAUUAAAAAUGUAGAGGAAUCUAAUGUUGUUUCAAGGUUCAGAAAGUUUAGUAGAGGUACAAAGAUGAGUUCUCUGGGUCUUUUGUGUAUGCAUGUGUUUUUUGUUUUAUGGAAAUAGAAGUUUGGUGCAA